CUAUUAGCUGGCCACUCGUUCUUAUUCUCUUUUUCACUAUUCUAAUUAUUAUUUCCUUUUUUCCAUGGGGUUUCUGAAACUGGAAGCUCGAACAGAGAAUCGAGAUGGUAUUCUGAGAUUGUACCUCUUUCCUCGCUUGUAAUCUCAUUUUCAAACUGAUUUUCUCGGGAAAAUUAUCCCAUUUUCCCGAGAAAACCGCGGUUAAUGCGAGGGGAGAUCCAAAGUCAAUUCAGAUUCUUCCAACCGCGUGGAUUUUGCUUCUGGUAAUGGUCGUACCGUUCUGGGCUCGAAGAGGAGGAGCAGUGGAUUAGGUUUUGAACCCAAAUUUGGGAAAUUUUGUUUCGGUUUCCCGGGAAAAAGAGAGGAGGAGAAGGGAAAAAGGAACAGUUUUUCUUUCGGUUUCUGGAUCAAAGAAGGUCUUUUGAUCUUUCCGUGGACACGUGCGAAAUGGGUCGGACUCGUGUUUGAUGUCCAAGUCCCAGAUUUUUUGUUAAAGGAGAGAGAGAGAGAGAGAGAGAGAGAGAUUAUUCGAUCAUCAACACUCUGUUCUCCAAUUGGCUAUGUCUGGUUUCUGAUACAGAUCUCUCUCCCCCAGAAGAUCUACAGAUCCACCGUGUUUUUUUUUUUUUUGCUUUUAAGAAGAUGCUCAAGACGAGGAAUAAACCCACGACGCUUCCUCCGGCGACUGCCACGGGCGGAGGCGGAGGAGAAACCGCCGGACACGGCUGGGAAAUGAGACCGGGAGGGAUGCUGGUGCAGAAACGAAACCCGGAUCCCGACCGGGCCGGAGCUCCGCCGCCGCCGCCGCCGAUCAGAGUACGGAUCAAGUACAAUUCGGUGUACCAUGAGAUCAAUAUCAGUCCCCAAGCUACAUUUGGGGAACUGAAGAAGAUGUUGAGUGGGCCGACGGGUUUGCACCAUCAAGAUCAGAAGAUAAUGUACAAAGACAAGGAGAGGGAUUCGAAGGCGUUUCUUGACAUCGUAGGGGUUAAGGACAAGUCCAAGAUGGUGCUUGUUGAGGAUCCCAUCAGUCAGGAGAAGAGAUUGUUGGAGAUGAGGAAGAAUGCGAAAACCGAGAAGGCUUCCAAAGCCAUAGCCGAUAUCAGCUUCGAAGUGGAUCGGCUCGGUGGACGGGUUUCGGCUUUGGAGACGGUGAUCAACAAAGGAGGGAGGGUUUUGGAGAAAGACUUGGUGAAACUGAUCGAACUUCUGAUGAACGAGCUGCUCAAGUUGGACGGGAUCUUGGCCGAUGGAGAUGCAAAGCUGCAGAGAAAGAUGCAGGUGAGGAGAGUGCAGAAAUACGUCGAGACUCUUGACGUGUUGAAGAUCAAGAACUCGAUUAACGGAAAUGGAGGCCAAACCCGGGCGAAAGCCGAGAAGCAAAGACGGUCCAGCGGCCAUAAAUUGGAGCCGAUCCAAGAACUCUCCAACGAAAACCCGAGACAGGAAACUGGCGUUCAAGAACGGGUAGAGUCGCUCAUCGACCUGCCGGUUCACCAAUACAAGAACCAUAAUCAUAAACAGGAGAUUCAAGAACAAGAUUCGUAUCAGCAGCAGCAGAAGCCGAAGGGUUCGGGUUCUGGACCGUUUUCGGUCUCCACGAACUGGGAGACGUUCGAGACAUCAUCCGCACCCGCAUUGGCGUCGGCUGCUGCUACUACCGACGAUCAUCCGAGGAUACAGCCUAGGUUCAACUGGGAAUUCUUUGACUGAAAACGUUUUUCCUUUCCUUUUGGUUCAUUGCUUAUUUCUCGUGUUUAUGUGCUCAUGCGUGUCAUCGUCAUUCUUUGGAUGUACUUAGAUUCUUGAUGGCGUCGAUCCCCGUCCUUUAUGAUGUUUUGGGUUCUGGCGGUCGAAGGGAAAUAAACAGAAGAGACGCCAUGAUAGUGAUUUUAUAGAAAUGGUGAUUCAUGGGUUUGAUUAAGGAGCUGAAACCUUCUCCAUAUGUAUAAUAUAUAUAUAUAUGUAUAUAUGAGUGCCCAAUUUAAGUGGA